UAAAAGAGAACCUUCCGUGUAUUUAGUUUCACCGGUCACAGUUGUCUGCUCUUGAAAAUAAUUUUAGUGAAAAUAAAAAUGUAUCGUUUACGACCAGGACAGUCAAAUGCUAUGAAAUUUAUACGUGCAACGAAUUUAGGUUUAAUGAAGGACAAAGUCAAGUCAGCUGAAUUGCUGUCAUGUAGGUGUAUGUCCAGUAAAUCUGAUUACAUACAUGAAAGCAUCGUUCCAUCAGAUCACUUUCAGAAGAGCUUACCUCGAUUACCAAUUCCAAAACUCGAACUUACCUGUGAGAGAUACCUGAAAUCUCAGGCUGUCCUGCAGUCAGAUAAAGAACACACAGCCACCAAAAAGUUAGUUGAUGAGUUCCUUGCUGGAGAAGGAAAAGAGCUUCAUGAACAGCUUUUGCAAAGAGACAAACAAAACAAGCACACCAGUUAUAUAUCAGAGCCAUGGUUUGACAUGUACUUGAAAGAUCGCCGCCCAGUUGCCUUGACCCACAAUCCAUUUAUUACCUUUACUGAUGACCCUAAACCAGAAUAUAUGGAUCAGUUAGUGAGAGCGACAAACUUGGUAAUGUCUUCUCUACGUUUCAUGAAGACUUACAGAGCUAACUUGUUAGAACCAGAUGUUUAUCACCUGAAUCCAAAACAAAGUGACACCAUGCAGUUCAGAAAGUUUGUCAGAAUGUUGCCUAAGGCAGUUUCUUUCUAUGGAGCAUACUGGUACAAGGCAUUUCCACUAGACAUGAGCCAAUAUCCAAACCUGUUUAACUCUACUAGAAUACCAAAACAUGGUAAAGAUGUGCUGUUCACAGACAGCUCAGCCAAGCACAUGCUAGUCAUGAGAAAAGGUCACAUGUACCUAUUUGAUGCCAUAGAUAAAGAUGGAAAUAUUGUUGCACCAGAGAUAAUUAUGUCGCACAUUAAGCAUAUAUUGAAUGAUCCCCGCCCAGCCAAUGAGAAUGCCCUCGGUGUACUCACAACAAUGGACAGAGAUAAAUGGGCAACUGUGAGAACACAACUCUGUAAUGCAGGCGAUAUGAAUGAAUCGGCUUUCUUUUCAUCAGGGGUGAUGAACGAAGGUUACAUGAAACUUGUAGACUCCGCCCUAUUUACACUGGUACUUGAUGAUACCACGCCAGAAGAUCCUAACGAGAUUACUAGAAACUUCCUACAUGGUGAUGGAACAAACAGAUGGUUUGAUAAAAGUUUUUCCUUGAUACUAACAAAAGAUGGGAGAGCAGCUGUUAACUUUGAACAUUCCUGGGGAGAUGGUGUUGCAGUUCUGAGAUAUUUUAAUGAAGUCUGGAAAGAAUCAACAUCUAAACCAUUCGUCCAUCCUGGCACAGUGCCAUCUAAUGUGGAUUCAAAUCUUACUGUACAGAAUAUAGAAUUUGCUCUAGAUCCAAAAUUAAAGGAAUAUAUAAACAGUGCAAAAACCAGCUAUGAGAAAAAAUAUACAAGCUUGGAUGUUGAUCAUCUAGAAUAUUAUAAAUUUACAAAGACAAGUUUGAAACAAAUGAAGCUCAGUCCUGAUGCAAUGCUACAACUUGUGAUACAGAUGGGUUAUUACAAACAGUAUGGUAAGACAGCGGCCACCUAUGAGUCUUGUAGUACUGCAGCAUUUAGACAUGGUAGAACUGAGACCAUCAGAUCAGCAACUCAUGCAACAAAGAAGGCAUGUGAGAUGUUUAAUCAAAAGAACAAUACAUAUUCAGUUGGGGAUUUGAAAGAAGCUCUUGAACAAUGCUCUAAAUACCAUGGUCAGCUUACCAAAGAGGCAGCAAUGGGUCAGGGCUGGGAUAGACACCUGUUUGCUAUGAAGUAUUAUGCAGGUCAGGAAGGGAAGGUACCAAUGCUGUAUCAGGAUCCAGCAUAUGCUAACAUUAAUCAUAUUAUCUUAUCAACAUCAACACUCAGUAGUCCCUCUGUAGUUAUAGGUGGAUUUGGUGCUGUAACUCAAAAUGGGUAUGGCGUAGGUUAUUCUGUUGAAGAUGAGAGAAUUGGCUUUAACGUUACCAACUACCCACCAGAAACAAACGUACAUGAGUUUAUAGAUUGUCUCAAGGAAAGUUUAGAUGAUUUAAAUGCUGUGUUUGAAGGAAGAAAUCCUAGAAGUUGAUCACAGUAUUUUAUAUAACUUGGGAAACUACAGGGAGAUGUACUUUUACCUGUAUUAUUUAUGGUUUAGGACUAAUUUUCUUAUUUAUAUCAUUAUAGGUGAUUUAGUGCAUUAUAAACCAUAAUGGUUUUCUUUAUGUGAUUUGUUACUAUAUUUAGAACUUAUGAUUAGAGUUACAUGUGUGCGAGAAGACAUGGUGUAAGACUAAUAUUGAAAAUAAUGACUGACAUAUUGCAGUGUCCUCAGCUAUGGAAACUUGGAAUAAAUGGCUUAUUUGUAGAUAAGAUGUAAUCAAAUAGUGAAAAUGGAAACUUAAAGUUUGCCCAAAUAAAUAAAUGGCACAAUUGACAAUAGUGUAGGCUGGUUGUGACUCACACUUUGCAUGGAUGGCAGUGGUAAAUGAAUUCUAUUACAGUUGCGCAGAACAUAACCUUUUAUCACAGUCUUGCAUAAUUAACCCUUACCCUCAUGAGCAUAUUGUGAAAAAUGGCCGUUUUCAUUGAAAAGCCUCCUGUUACAAUUUCAAACUGCUAUGAAACUAUGAAAAAUGCUUCAAUACUAAUCUAACUUGGCACAAAUGUUGACUGGGCCAUUGCCUUUGAAAUGACAAGCUCAGUCUUAAAUAUCCUGUUACCAUGGCAACAAGGGGACAUCUCAAAAUUGCCAAAAAUCACUUUUUUGCCUUCAUUUUUACCAUCAAAAUUUAUUUCAAAGUGCUGCAACUUAUCAUGGGAUUGAGAUAGGGUCAAAGGCUUUUUAGUGUUGGUUUAACAUUACCUUAUGAUCGACCUAGGGUCAUUUUUAGCCUCUCACAAGUCCAAAAUUUUCUUGGCGAUGAGGGGGACUACCCCAAACA